GUAAUUGCACGUCGCUGCUGAUAAAUCUCUUUAAUGAGUAGUGUUGCCAUCUUUUGGGGUCUUUGUCCGCUUAAACCGCUGGAAGCAUGAGUGCCAGAGGUGGAACGCCUUACAUUGGCAGCAAAAUAAGUUUGAUAUCGAAGGCACAGAUUCGGUAUGAAGGCAUAUUGUCCUCGGUGGACACAGAACGGUCCACGGUCGCCUUAGCCAAAGUGAAGUCCUAUGGGACAGAGGACCGGCACACCGACAGCCCGGUGCCACCCAAAGAUGAAGUGUAUGAGUUUAUAAUAUUCCGAGGAAGCGACAUAAAGGACAUCACUGUGUCUGAACCAACAAAGCCGCAUCAUGGCCUCCCUCGAGAUCCUGCUAUUGUACAGUCCUCUGUCGGCAGCUCCUCAGGUGGAUAUCCCCCACGCUGGAGCCCAUACAGAGAGAUGAUGCCUACUUACAACCAGCUGGCUGCCAAUUCUCUGCUGAACCAGCAGUACAAUGCAGCUUUGGGUCUAGGUCCAGGAUUUCACGGCAUCCCCCCCAGAAGAGCUCCCAUGGUAGAACAAGCUGUUCAAACCGUCCCUUUGGCGGGCAACGCUGCGAGAAAAGGGAAAUCCUCAACCCAGCCGCAGGUCAGACAGACCGUUAGACCGGCCCAGCGGUCUGGCUCACAAGUUCAGAAAGAAAAUGUACCCACUUCUCCCCGGCCGCCUGCAGGCAAGACACAAAGCCAACACGCUGAUAAUCCGAAACAAAGAGGAAAACAAGGAAGUCGCAGGUCCAGGAACCGGAACAGAGGUCAGCUUCUUGUGAACUCCAAGUCUACAACUUUGAAAUUUGAAUCAGAUUUUGAUUUUGAAAGUGCAAACGCUCAGUUUAAAGACGACCUCACAAAGGAGAUUGUAGUUGAGAAGGUGGACUCUGGGGAGGCCCCUGAGAUUCAGUGUACGCAGGAGGAAGAGACACUCGGGGUUAAGUACUACAACAAGAGCAAGGGCUUCUUUGACAACAUCUCAUCUGACAUAAAGCCCAGAAGGACCUCAUGGGCAGAGGAGAAGAAAUUAAACAUGGAGACGUUUGGCGUACCAGGCCGCUUCCUGAGAAGCAGAGGAUUCCGGGGGCGGGGCCACAGAGGGCAGAGCACUGCUGAGCAGCGAACCCUCCCAAAAAUUGGCGGUGGGAGAGAGUAAAGAUGAUUUUUUUUUUUUGUUUUGUAAAUACAUUGUAGUUUUCUACUUAUUUAAUAAGUGCCUCCCCUUUUUCAAUUUGACGCACUCAAAAUUUUUUGUUUCUUCAACCUAAAUCUGCAUUAAUGGAAAUGUACAUUUUGUAGUAUCUAAAAAUGGGAGCGAAAUUUCUUUUAAUCCAGCAGUGAAUGUUUACAUUUGUAGUUGAGCAUGCAGUGUAAGACUUGUCCUUGAACAGAGCAUCAGACAUGCAAUUUAAUUUUGUUUCAAUAGUUCUGGAUAUUAUUUGAUCGACUGUCCACAUGUAAAUCCAAAGUGAAAUGGACAGCCAAAUGUACUUUAUUUUCCCCCCCCAACUUCUACUGUUUGUAAAACACUCAAGUGUAACAGCUGCUAUUAAAUAAGGUGGUUAAUAGAAA